UAAAAAAUCUGUACAGACUCGGUACAGAAAUGAAAACGCAAUGAACCCGCACCGACGUCUACCAAGGCGCCUAACUAGGAUCAUAUUAACACGUACAUUUAUCAAAAUGCUUAAAAAAGUUCUUGUCUCCUCUCCUACCUAUUAUAACUUUGUUUAUUAAAUCCAAAACAUUGCUCCUCGAGUUCGGUAUAAUCCACGAAAUCUGAAGACCGUUGAACGGACAACGGACCAUCUUUAUUGCAUAUCCAUGGAUUGAUCGUGUCAAUGUGACAUUUAUUAGUUAGAAAUCAUUUUGUAAUGCAUAUUUUGUGUUGUGCUUUUCUAUUCGCAGCUUUUAUUUAUGUUCUCGAUAUUUGUAUUUGUUGAGGAAUUUGUUUGGGGUUUAAAGGUUACGUACCAAAGUAAAUAAUUCUUUACAUAAGUACCUGGGUAUAUACCUACUUACAUAAAAUUCAGAAAAAGCCCUAUUUAAAACAUAUAUAGAUAUAUUAUCAUGUUGCGGUGCCCUUGUUUGAAUGUUAAAGAAGAAUUUCAAAAAAUUGUGGAUCUGAAAAACACUGGAGUAGUGGUUUACCGUUGUAUUUCUCAUUUAAAAUAUGUUAGAAAAAAAGGCGUUUUGCAGUCUUCUAAAGUGAAUAAUCCAACAGAUGUGUAUAUUUUACAUAAUACUAACGACAAAGAAAUAUUACCCGCAGACAUCGUGACCGCUUUUGAUGAAAAGAAAAUAAGCUGUCCACGCUGUAUACAUCUUUUCAAAACUGCCAAAAGUAUGCUGAAAAUAAUGCCGAAAAUUGGAGCUAAGAAUAUUAUGGGUAUAUGCAAUCAUUGUCGCAAAAAACUAACUUCCUGUUAUAAAUGUGAUCAAGCAGUAAAACAAUUUGUCAUCACAAGAGAUAAAUACAAAGAUAGUAAUAAGAAAAGUUCUCAAUCCUAUUUGUCUAAAGUGAAUAGUUUACUGAAUAAAGAAGGAAAACAAGUAAGAGAAAAGAAACACACAUCUUCUGAUAUACAUAUUUUAAAUCUGCAUCAUAAUUCUUCAACAACAUCCUCUAAACCAAAAAUCGCAGUUGUGUUUGAGUCCAAAACAAUGAGAACGAAAUUUUUAUGGGCUUCAUUGGGAUCGAAGCAUUCCUUGUAUUCUAUUUCUACAACUAUGAUAAAGAAAAGAAAAGCAGCAACAAAGAGUGAAUUAUUUUAUUCACGGUCACUUCAAAAUGUGAGAUAUGAUAGUAGUUGGUCAAGGUCAAAUGAUGGCACCAACUGGGAUAAUUACAGAUCACCCAAACAAUAUAAACAUUUCAAAUAUGGUAAACUCGACGUUCGUAAUGAUUUCAAAUCAGAUGAACAUAUUAUGGUGGUUCAAGAUGCGCAAUUCAAACAAUCCAUAAUAUCAGACCGAAACGCUAAAUCCACGAAAUCAAAUCUCAAAGGCAAUGAGUUAAGAAAGUCAAUGCCUGUUAUUAAAAUGAGAGGUUUUGAUGAUAGUUCAGUGCUUCAGCUCUCAGUAAAAUAUAAUUCUGAAGAUGGUUCAUUAAAUACAAUAUCAAGUAAUAUGGACAUUACUUUGACUAACAAUUUUAAAUAUUAUUUCCCUAAAAAAUUUGAUGAUAGACAUAAAGAAAUACAUAAAUUUGCGAGUUCAUCUGAAUUAAUAAGAAACACUCGAAAUAUGUUACGAGAUAGAGCAGAAAAGGAUAGAACGAAACAUGAGGCAGGUGGAAUGAAGCAAGAAGGAAAGGAAAAGAAAAACAUUAAAGGCGAGGAGAAAAAACUUAAAGAAAGAGAAAGGUUGAAGCCUGAACAAGAAUUUACGCACGCUGAGGAUAGAGAGGAGAUUUUUUCUGCAAAACAAAAGCAAGAGAAAACAAUUCCUGCAGACGAUGAACCUUCCUUAACAAAGUUAGAAAAAAGAAUAAUACAAGGAGGAUAUAAAAAAUCCACAGAUUUUAAAACUGAAGAAAGUAAAACUAAAAAAGAUACCACAGGCAAUGAAUUGACUUAUGAAAGCGUUAAAAGAGAUACUGCUUUUGCAAGCGAAGACAAAAAAAUAUUUCGAAAACAAAAAACUGAGGAUGUAAUUAACAAAUUUGAACAAAAAGGCUACGAAGAAUUCGAUAAACAGCUAAAAAAAACUGUUAAAGACAAAUCUAAGCUAGUCAAAUACGUAACAAUUCAGAAAUACAAAGAUGUAAAUGGUAUGGUUAAUAAGGAAAAAGAAACUUCUGAUAAGACGGACAAAAAGAAUCAUAGUAAAAUUUCUAAAUAUAGUAAGGAAGACAAAGGCGUAGUUGAGAACCAAAAGGCAAUCAAAGAAAGAAAAGGUAAAGGUCAUAUGAGUGAUACAAUAAUUUCUGAAAUAGGAGUUGAUGACAUUUAUAAAUACAAUAAAUUAAUUUGCGAAACUACGAAACAGCAAAAGCACAGUAACGAUUUGGGAAAUCUUUCUAGCAAGGGAGAUAGCUUAAUAAAAAAGAAAAGACAUAGAAACAAUUUGAAAAUUGACACCAAUUCAGGGAUCGCUGCUCUUGACAAAGACACAAAUUUACAUGCAUUUGAUAGUAAAGCAGUAAGUAAAGAAGAACAAGGUCCAGAAAAAGGUUUCAAAGCAACUGCUAAUGAUUUCAAAAAACUUCUGGCAGAACAAAUCAAACAAAAGAAAGCUGAACAAAAUCGCAGGAAAAAUGAAGCAGAAAUAGAAACAAAAGCAAACCAAUCCGUUGAUAAAAGAAAUACUGAAACGAAGAAAUCUCCUCGAUCAAAUAUCCUGAAGGAUUUAUAUAACGAACAUGUACCAGAACAACUUAAACAGAUGGAAGCGAAAGAGAAACGCAAAAAUGAAACAGUCAACAAUAAAAUUGUAUCAGCUCCACCAUCACCAACCACAAAAUCAAAACAAGUAAAACCGACCCAAACUGAUUUGAGUAUAGCUCAAAUUAAAAUGAAAAAACCAUCAGGUGACGAUUUAAUAUUAAAAUUAGUUAAAUUACAGCAAUCGAGUCCUCCUAAAAGCUCGCUCCAUAAGCAGCUGGAUGAAGAAAAAAUUAGUAAACUUAUAGCACAGCAUAUAAGUCAUAAAAAUGAUUUUGAAGCCAAUUGUAUAAUAUGUAACCAAUCUGAUGCUGAUUUAGAACUAGAGAGUCUUCUUAACGAAAAAGUUCCAAGUGAUCAAAUGAAAAAUUUUAUAAUAAUAGGUGAAAAAAUUUAUAAGUAUAGAGUACCUGUAAAGCAAGUGAUAAAGGAAGAACAAAUAAUUUUUUUUUCGGUUGAUGAGAAUAUUGAGAAAAUCGAACCUCCGGCAGCAGUGACAGCUAAGGCAACAAAAGCAACUGAACAAGAACCACCAAAAGGUAUCAUUCGCUACGCUUUGUCUGAUCGUUCCUUCAUAGAUAAAGGCUGGACGUUACUGCCCACUGAAAAAGUAGUGAGAAAAAUGAACGUUUACCGCAUGCGUCCUGCGCACCCAGAGUUUGAUUGGUUCGAGCACAAUAAAAGCAAACGCCUAAUGCAGUAUGACACUGGCGAAAAACUGGCAGAAUUCAAUGACAAUGGACGCGGUCGUUGGUUUUAUAAGAACGGCAGAGUGGCACUCGAUUAUUAUGAUGCAGAAGAAACUAAUGCUCAGCAACGAUUUGUGAUAUACAGCAGCGGGGAACCUGACGAACGUGGACGCUCCCGACCUUUUACGAUACUAGCCACUUUCGACUAUCUUGGGAAUGGUGUGGUGUUCGAUCAUGCAGGAAAAAUAAGGUUGAAGUAUAAUCAGACGGAGGGCGUAGUAUUAGACCGUGCUAUUGGUCCUGCGUCGCAUUGGAAGUGGCACACCUUAAACGACCCACCAGUUCUCCAGCAAGUGAUGAUCGAUACACAAAUGCCAUACAAAGAUCCGACAAUACAAAAAUUGGGGAAAAACGACGUUAAUAAACCACGUCCGGACAACGAAGACAUGCUCGCCAUCGAGUUUGAUAAUUUCAUAAAGGAAAAGAGCAAGAAGCUAACGCAGACAUUCAAACCGUUCCAAAUAAAAAUGAAAGCGUUAAAGAUCAACGAACAGUUUUCUUUGAAAGUUUUAGAUCAAGCUACUAUAUAUUUGAUAUUCAGAGAUGGCACUGCAAAUCUGAAACUGAAUCUCGGAAUGAUAUUGGACCACAAGGAGAUCGUGGACACCGAUACGGCUGAAGUGGGCGAAGUAUCGAACAGUCUGGAACGGUUGCCGGCUCGCACUGACAGUAUCGCGGGACUCCAGAGUAGUGUGGCGCACGCGCAGUACAUUGAGAGGUUGCGGUUGGAUCGUGAGAGGCGGUUGCGACCCUCGGCACCCUCUGUCAGCGUCGACCAGCUUAUGGCCGCUGCCUCGCGCCCGAUGAGGCUACCGUUGCGCACUGUACCCUCGGAUACGUCAGCGGGCUACUCGUAUAAAUGUAGGAGAACAUCUAAUAAUUUAUACUAGGAUACGCGAUUAGUUUGAUUUUUAUAUAAUUGAUAUUGUGUUGUGAUAGUGUUUAUUUUUAAUAAACUAUUUAUGAUUUUUAUUUUUUACUUAGUACUGCUGUUAUAUUUGUUUUUCGAGCCUGAAGUGUUGAGCAAAGAAAAUUAUACUACCACCCUGAUCUCAUUUUCUAAUAA